AUGCUCGUAUAUACAUUGGUGGCGUUGGUCCUGUGUGCGCAGGCAUUUGCGCGCACGAGCAUCCUUUUAAAUACGCGAAAGAUUGGCGCAUCUGAUCCUGUUCAGAUCACCCCGCCCGAUGCGCAUCGUGUGCUGUCGCACCAUCUUAACAUGCGUGUCAAUGUGCUGCCAGACGUGCCGAUGGCGCGGUCUGGACAUGCAAAUCUCUGGCAUCAUGCACCUGCUGAACAAGUGCAUUAUGAUGCAUCAGUACUUUUUGAGCCUGUGGCACCAAGUGGGGGAAAUGUGAUUAUUACCAUGUAUGGUCCAGACGAUCUGCAUGCCCUGCCAGACACGCUUACACACACACAUACCAUGGAGUCGUCAUCUCUGCGUGACAGCUUUGAAGCGCUUGCUUCGCUAUAUGAAAAGACAGCGAAUGGCGCACACAAAGCAUGGGAUGCCGUGCAGCACAGCGCAACCUCAUCGCUUGAGCGCUUGCAGGCAGAGCUGGCUCAUAUCGCACGUCUUGGCAACGAUAUACAGGCUCUCUCGACAGCUCGUAUCCAUUCGCUUGCUGAUGUCGGGCGCGAAUACGGUACUCACAGCCAGACAUACCGGGACGCUCAGCGCCAAGUCAAGCAGACACUUGAACUUCUCGUGCAGCGUGUAAAGAACAUGGCUGGCGCUGGCGUCGCUGUGGUGUACACGACUGAUGCGAGCAACCAUGAACGGCGCGCGGAUCCCAUGGCGCCGACGUCAGAUCCACUGCAUGUGUUCCGUCCUCCGCAGCCGGUUCAUGCCGCUGUCCAGUCGCCAGGCAUGCAGUCCUCGGUACCUGUGUGCCCAGCGACGCGUGAGGAACUGGAGCGUACAACUCAGCAGUGCCAUGGACGCGGUACACCUGUGCAAUCGACUAAGGGCGGUCGUCUCUGCUGGCGCUGUGCGUGCUCGCGGACGACUGAACAAGGCCGAGGCCGAGUUUGGGCGGGUGCUGCCUGCGAAAAGCAAGACUAUUCCUCCGAGACGCUUUUGUUCAUCGGCACAUUUCUGGUUCUUUUUGUGUCGAUCGUAGCGAGCUGUGCGCUCCUGUACCGCGAAGGCACGCACGAGUUGCCUGGUACCUUGUCGAGUGUCUCGCUCCGUUCGUAG